AUGGGGCGCAUGCACAGCGGUGGGAAGGGUAUCUCCAAGUCUUCUCUCCUCUGCAAGAGGAGCCCGCCCUCGUGGCUCAAGAUCUCCGCCCAGGAGGUUACUGAGCACGUGUGCAAGCUGGCCAAGAAGCGUCUCACUCCUUCUCAGAUCGGUGUGAUCCUGCGUGACUCCAAAGGUAUCGCUCAGGUCCGCGCCAUCACCGGCUCCAAGAUCCUCCGCGCAGUGGCGGUGCGCAAGCACCUGGAGCGCGCCCGGUCCGACAAGGACUCCAAGUUCCGCCUUAUCCUCAUCGAGUCUCGCAUCCACCGCCAGGCAAGGUACUACAGGACGAACCGCAAGCUGCCAGCCAACUGGAAGUACGAGUCCUCGAGCGCCAGCGCUCUGGUCGCUUAG